CAGACGGUGCCCGAAAGUCUGGAAGUGACGCGCGGUACUGACCCCACAACUGGUGCUAAAACGCCUGCCAAACUUAGUUCCGAUACGACUAAAGCUCGCACUACGUUCAUUCAUCACACGCCGUCUGCUACACCGAAGAAACAAUGAGCGAAGAUAUUUUAUCGAAACCAUCCGACGAAGAUACUAUUUCCAUCUGUUCAACUCAAAGUACAAACAGCGCUCGGAACCACGACAUUGGCUUACAGCGCCUAAAACACGAACGCGAUCGAAUUACGUACGCCGGCAAAUACAUGGAUCGCUACAAGGACGAAUUCGCGAAAAAGCCAUCCGCGCCCGUCCGAAAAGAGUCCCUAAGCGCGAGAUACCGAGACAUUCACGGGAACAUUCUGCAACCGACCGAGCAGAAAGACGCAGAUCCCGGGCUCGAAUCGCCCGGUCGCAACGUCAAGCUGCGCGAGAUUCUGAGCAGCCCGACGGGCGAAAGCAGGAAAAUAACGCUCAACAGUCCCGUGGGAAGCCCGAUUUUAUCAAAUCGUACCAACAACGCCACUCACGACCUGAACAAAGAGGACAACCUGUCUCAGCUCACGAGCUACAAGCUAGUCGGCGACACUAGGACCAAGGCUAGGAACCUGGUGGCCAGUCCGAGAGCGAAAAGAAACGAUUUAAACAUCUACGCGAUACAGCCCUCCCAACCGGACGAGCCGCCCACCCACAACAUCAUGGACACCCUAAACCCGCUGCAGCAAGUCCAAGACUACAUUUCUGCGUGCGAGGCCGAAGCGAAAUCGAAGAAAAACCUGCAGAAAUUCGACGAGCUGAUCAAGAGGAAGAACACGGCGCCGCCUCGCGUCGAGAAAAAAGUCGAGCAGUCCCAGGAGAUCGAUCUGAAGCAGUUUCAGCAUCGCGCGGUCGUCGAGCCGUUGAAAAGCUACAACGAAGUCGAGAACCUUCUCAGGCCCGGAUUGAGCGACAUGCGCGCCGAUAACGUCGACACCUUCGAUCGGGGAAAUAAAACCAGGAACAGCACGAGCGGCGUGCAGGUCAAGCCGAACGGCGCCGGCAAAAUUCUAAGUAGGGCCGCCUCGGACGCGCAGGAUCGCGUGCAAAUUCAGCGAAAAAGUGCGGUCGUUAAGGUUAAGCCCAAUCGAAAUAUCUCGCAGGAUUCUCAGGAGGGUGUCGACAAUUGGGUGUCGGAUUCGCGCACGGUUCAACGAGUCGGGCCCGUCUCGAUUCCGUCGUCUACACGUAAUAGAACGCGGGUCGGAGAAGAACCAACCAUAGGAAAGUAUAAGCUACUUAAGACCAUUGGCAAAGGCAACUUUGCCAAGGUCAAAUUAGCCAAACAUGUACCGACGGGGAAGGAGGUAGCUAUUAAAAUUAUAGAUAAGACUCAACUCAAUCCUGGAUCGUUACAAAAACUCUUUAGAGAAGUAAGGAUAAUGAAAAUGUUGGAUCAUCCAAACAUAGUAAAACUAUUUCAAGUAAUCGAGACCGACAAAACGUUGUACCUGGUGAUGGAAUACGCGUCCGGCGGCGAGGUGUUCGACUAUCUCGUCCUUCACGGCAGGAUGAAGGAGAAGGAGGCGAGGGCAAAAUUUCGACAGAUCGUUUCCGCGGUCCAGUACUGCCAUCAAAAGAAAAUUAUACACAGAGACUUAAAGGCUGAAAAUUUGCUACUCGACAGCGAAAUGAACAUUAAAAUCGCCGAUUUCGGCUUCUCCAACGAGUUCACGCCCGGCAAUAAAUUGGACACGUUUUGCGGCAGUCCGCCGUACGCCGCCCCUGAGCUUUUCCAGGGUAAAAAAUAUGACGGUCCAGAGGUGGACGUAUGGUCGUUAGGUGUAAUUUUAUAUACGUUAGUAUCCGGUAGCUUACCGUUCGACGGUUCAACGUUAAGGGAACUGAGAGAGCGCGUGUUACGCGGAAAAUAUCGGAUUCCAUUUUAUAUGAGUACGGAUUGUGAGAAUCUACUCAAAAAGUUCCUCGUGCUGAAUCCGGCCAAGCGGGCCAGCCUCGAGACCAUUAUGAAGGACAAGUGGAUGAAUAUGGGGUAUGUGGGGUUUGAGAAUGACGAACUGAAGCCUUACGUCGAACCUGAGCCGGACAUGAACGACCAUAAAAGAAUUGAAGCUUUAGUGUGUCUCGGUUACAAUAGGACGGACAUUGAGAACUCUUUGGAUUCUGCCAAGUACGACGACGUAUUCGCCACGUACCUGCUUUUGGGAAGAAAGAGUACAGACCCUGAGAGCGAUGGCAGCCGCAGCGGCAGCAGUUUAUCCCUGAGAAAUAUUUCCGCUCAGCAGGCGAUCGGCGCUCCUCAGCCGACGGCGCAGAGUCCGUCGCACCGCGGCGUCCAUCGUUCGAUAUCGGCGACGAACGCCAAGCCCAAUAGGAGAGCAUCUAGUGGAGGUCCUAUUUUAGGUGAAACCUUGCGUCAAGGUCCCCAACCUCAGGUUCCCGUACCGCAAACGAACAAUCACCAGGGCUCCGGAUUUAAGCGGCAGAACACCGUCGACAGCGCGACCAUCAAAGAGAAUAGCGCCCGAAUAAACGCGCGGCCCGCCAGCGCGCAGCCGAAACCCGCGACUGAAAACAGUAUACAGAGUCCAGGUAAGCCUCGCACCGUUGCUAAGAAUAAUGCCGUAACGUCGAAACAACCUCUGACUUCAGGAGGUUCGGUUGGUCGACGGUCGACGAUUAGUUACGACGCGAAGACCGCCAGCAAUGAGAAAACCAACAUGGUUGCCGAGAUACCUGGGGGGGUGAUGGGGGGCACGACGGACACGUUGAGGCCUAACAAGGGUCACGUGAAAUCCGCCUCGGUUAGCAGUAGCACCGGUGAGCCUACCGCCGAUCCCUUACGCUCUAGUCGAACUAGUGCCUCGCCAGCGUCGACGAGACUACCGGCAUUCCCUCGCAAUACGUCGUCCCGAAGCACCUUCCACUCCGGACAGACGAGAACGAGAGCGACGUACGCCUCCCCGGUGGACUCGCCGCACUCGGCCAGGACGUCGUUCUUCUCGAAGCUCAGUUCGAAAUUUUCGAAAAGGGCCGACCACUGAGGCCGAGGGGGCGUACCACAGCGCGUUGCCGACCGCAAGACCCGACGAGACCGCAUCAACGGCCGAUUAGAGAGGGAGCAGCGUAAGAUUUGAUGACGUUCAAAUCGUAUUAUUAUUAUUAUUAAUUUUAAAUGCGCAUGCCGUGAUUGUCCACUAACUUUUUUUUUGCAUUUAAAUCCUAAGUUUUCAGUAUUUGAAAGUUUGUGAAAAAAGACUGAAAAAAUGUAGUUAAUUCUUAGACUAUCAGAGGGUGUACAAAAAAGAGCCUUUAUCAAUAAUUGUAUUCAGCUUCCAUUUUGUCUUCAUCCGAAUUAGUGCAAUAUAUAACACUUUUCUUCCUACUUUUUAAAAAGUUUAGGUUUGUAUUUCUUAGGGACUUCGUUGUACAUAAAUAAAUGAAUUUUUUAUAUCGAUAGUAAUUGAUUGUACAAAGAUUGCAGUUUUGAUCGCGUACUAAGCUGUUACUUUAAUGUAAAUAAAACACUUUUAAUAUUUCAAAUUGUUUUUUGUACAAGGUGGAGAGUGUUUAUUAGUCCCUCACCGAACAGACUUCAUUAACGACCUGCUAUUCGCGAUUCAGAUUAACACUAGAGGCGCUGGUGUAAUUACAAAUGGCGUAUAUAGGUGGUGGUGUAUUAUUUAAAAAAAAAUUAAUGUACCCUGCCGUUUUUGAGACUUGAUCCUAUUUUUUAAGAACUCUGAAGCUGACUUGAAUUAGCUUAAACAAGCAAUUAACUUAAUUUACAGGAGUGGAAAGUCGAAGUGAAGCUUCGGUUUUCCGCUCCUCAAAUAGCAAACGCAAAUUGUUAAUUCGAUUUUGAUUUUUAAUUUCAUUAAAAAUGACCCUAUUUGGAUGACAUUCGCCGCUUCGCUUCCACGUGGUCGAACUUGGGGCGUUGCGGCGCCGGCUAGGGGAAGUAGGGCGAUAGUUAACCGCAAGUUUGGCGAGGUUGAAAAAAUUCCUACGGCGUCUGUUAGGGUAGCUGCCGUAAGAAGGAAAAAAACCGAAAAUUUUUGAAAAAAAUCCGUACGUCGAAAACGAUGCGCAGUAUCCAAUUCCGUUUUUUUCGAGAUCACGUGGAACGUGAAGGAGCGUAUUUGUGCGGCGGUGGAAUGCGCGGGAAAACUCAAAUUUGGGAACUGCGCGACCCCGACCGCCCCUCUCAAAAUGGGCGUUUUUCCAUUUUGACGCCUUCUACAACCUAAACUAAAAAAUUGCGCGAUUGUGAUGCGAGAUCCUGCAAAAGUCGCGUGUUCGAACCCAAGUGCGCGCUUUUUUUUCUUUUCUAUCAAUUCAUUUACGCUAAAAUUUUUUUGCAUUAAUUAUUUUAAUUAAGAAGAACGACGACCCUCCCUCCCCCCCUACUUUUUUGACGGAAAUACACGUUUUGGAGUACCGGAAACUUGAAUCAAUCGAACUCUGUCUGUCUGUACUGUUAUUUAUGGCUCAACAGCUUAACAUAUUCUUAGACAUUAAAGGGCAGAAUCACGCAUGCGCAGAGGUGUGUGGGUGGUAUCUGUGCUGGCCACAGCAAAUUUGGUACCUAGGUAUAUGUAUUAAUGGGAAAAAUUUACCAUAAUUACUUCUUCAUUUAAGGCAUCUGAGUCAAAGGAAAUCGAAUUGGAAUUAACCUGUUGCGAGGGGUUGUUACCAUUAUGGUGAAAUUGUGGUUUUCCGGAUUUGGAGGGUCCAUGUACGGGGGUCGGUACUUCCGGAAUAUGUGGCCGUUAGGGGUGCGCACAUUUCGAAUUUUUUUCGGUACGGCGCUACCGUCCGAGGAGGUAGCGGGAGGGUGCAAAGUGCACUUGGAAGGUCGUUUUUAGGUAAAAUUCCAACUUUAAAGAUUUGUAAGGGGCGAAGGGGGGCGAUAUGAAAAAAUUUUACGUUGCGCGCGAUUAGCCCGGUCCGUAAUGCGUACGAAUCCUACUGACGCGAAGCGGAGCGCGUACAAAAAUUGCGCUUUUUGGGGGAUCAAGGUGUUCCCAACAAAAUUCGCGGCCGGAUCGAGCGAGGGAGUCAACAUUUUUGCGGAGCGUUUACUGUUCGGUGAGACAUCGAUCCCGCAUCGUCAAAGUGUCGCGGGAUCCUUCCGUCUAGGGGGGCAAGCGAGUUAGUUUAGUUAAAAUAUAUUGGUGCUUCUUUGAGCCGAAUCAAUUUUUUUGCCUUUAAGAAUAUUCCAACGACGCUUAACCCAACCCUAAUUACAUUUUCACAACAAUGAAGCAAAAAAAUUGACAAACAAAAAACAAUAGCAACCGGCGACUGCUAAGAAAAAUGGUUUCUAACUACAAAUAAAAAUCCCAAUUUCUAUUGCGCUUGUACAGUUACAACAAAUCGCCGACGUUCCUUUACGUCGAUUUUGUUUUAAAACGGCCUUACUACUCGUGGCACAAUUACACUGACCACAAAUUAUAUGUUUGAGAAGGUUGUGUGUUCUGAGCGUAGUUACACUGAUAGAAAGUUAGUCAAAGCGGAGUGUGAGUGUGUCAAAGAAUGAUUUAUGUAUCUCCUAUUUUUUGCUAUUGUGUAAUUGCACUCUUCACAAUUAAAAACUUUGGAAAUGUCAUGUGUUAGACGAUGAUUCUUUAACUUAUCCUUAUUCUUGGUUACUUAAUUGCACUGAUCACUUUUAAAAUUCUUGAACGUAAAUGUGAUGCUUUAAACUGCAAUGCAAUUUUUGCAAGUGUAGUCACUUUUAGAGUCGUAUAUCCUACUUAUCCCACCAAUAGUAAUUACAAUAUGCUGCCACCAGAGGUCUCACUGUUAAUCUGAAUCGCGAAUAAACAUGCAUAACUGAUGGGCCAAGUUAAUGGAGCCCCGUUGAGUUUGUUAAAAAUUGCAGGUGAGCUUCAAGUGCGAUCUGUGAAUCGUGUCGCAUAACAGUUUUAAGUAAUUACCGUCUUUUUUUCUCUCCAGGA